UCUACGUAACCUACAGGGUCAUCUGAGAGAUGACUCCAAUUCUCACCGGAAUGUACUCAUAUAUGCCGUAUUCGUAACGUUUAAUCGUCUUGUAAAUACUCCCAAGACGCGCGGAAUUCCCGAUAUGGCAAUUUUGUAGCUUUACAGCAACUGGUUAACACAGAUAUAACUUUAACUUUAUUUGGUGACUUGAAGAAACUCGUCAUCUUCUGACUCAAGGCUACAAUGUUACAUACGAAACAUCUUGAGGAUCACGAUUAUAAAGAAGACCUCAAAGACAGCUCGUUGUCGAGUUUUCUUCUCCAUCGACAUCCAGACACCCAACGCAAAAUAAGACAUCGAAAUCUACGACUACUUCCAUCUCCAUUGCCACUUCGACGACAUCCAUCCAAGAUGUAUCCCAAGACCGCUAUCGUUUCCGCUCUUGUGUUCCUCUUCGCCGGUCAGGCCAUGAGUGAGGACAUGAAUCCUAUGACCGCCGCCGACCCAUACGCUGCCUGCAACUGCCCGGGCAACUGCCUGAAGAGAGAAGGCAACAAAUGCAGGUACUAUUCUAGUCCUCUCCGCCAUAUAAUCUACCUUGGGCAUUGCCAGAAGGUUAAAGGCACAAAAGUUUGCGUUCGUCUUAGCCCAGGCUCUGCCGCGGAGCAAGACGAAAUUGAUGUAGGCUCUGCCGCUGAGCAGAAUGGCACUGAGGAAAAUGGUAACUAGGCAAUUUGAAGAUCUCCGUCGCUACGGAUAUAAGUUGCUUAGAAAGGAGAGUUAGUAAUAUAAGGACAGUAAUAUAAGGACAGUUAGUAAUAUAAGGCUUUAUCGUCGUCAACUA